UUCAAGCCCGUUGCAUGAAGAAGGCAUUUUCUAUAAUUAUUAAAUGUUUCACUUUCAUCGAUUUUCGUUGACUUACCCGGCAAGAUGGCAACUGGCUGGCCAAUUCCCUUUCCGAUGGAUCUCUUCGGCGAAUUCCGGCAAUACAAUGAAAGCAGGUUGCUCCUCGACGAUAUGAUCAUCUUCGAGAGGGAAAAGCUUGGUGAGGGAAGUUUCGCAGCAGUCCACGUCGCCCGAAUGAUCGGGAUGGAGCCAGCAGCAGCAAAGGUCUUCCGCUACCAGGACAAAGACGAACGAUACACGAUGACCUGCAGUGAGCUGAGAAUAGUACAGAAGCUACGUCAUCCGAACAUCGCGGCAUGCUACGGAGCAAUGCAGUGCGAACAGUGGCCCGUUAUAUUUUUUGAGCGUGUGGAGGGAGUGACACUGAGGACUAUGUACAUGAUUGCGCAUGCAGAUCGCCGCUUCUUGCAGGAGGCCAAACUACGGCCCAUCUUUCAGCAACUCUUUGUGGCGUUGCACUACUUGCAGACUGCAAAGAUCGUUCAUGCAGAUAUUAAAUACGACAACGUGAUGGUUACGGAUGACGGAGUCGUCAAGCUGAUCGACUUUGGUUGCGCACAGGAUAUCUCCCGUGGCAAGGCUACUCGAGCCCGGCCCGGAAUGUACACUUACCCCCCGGAGAUCAACAUUGAGGGCAUGGGUGGGUAUGAUCACAAGGCGGACAUGUUCCUUGCAGGAGGCCUACUCUACUUCCUGCUGACGUACACACAACCUUUCGGAGACUUUGCACAGAUUCCGGCCGAAGACCAUGCGAAGAGACUGUUGGAAGGACCUAACAGGCAACGUCCCCAAUAUCAGACGCUGUCCAAGGAUGUCCGUCGCUUCAUCGAAGCACUGUUGGCGUAUCGGCCGGAAAGCCGGCCGGACGCAGCGGAGGCCCUCCAGAUGGAUUGGAUAACCCGGGCACCAGACUAUCGACCACUGGCUCUCAUCGAUUAUGAGCAGGAGGCAACACUCCAGUGUGCUCAGGACUUAAAUGCAGACGUGAUCUCCAAAAUGGCUCGCUAUUUUCACGUUGAUGGAGACCUGAUUGCAACGUCAAUAUUGGAAGACAGUAACUGCUGGCAGAUGAUUGUCUAUAGGGCACGUUUACACGAGAUGGAGGUACUCACUCCAAGGCCAUCAGCUAGCACAGCAGAACGGCUAAGGCGUGUGAGGCAAUUCGCCACCAGGGCCAGUACCGACGAGGGCUUAGGAUCGUCAUUGGAGACCAAUUCUGCUGCUACUGCUGCUUCAACGAAUUCUGCUCCAGCUUCUGCUACUACUACUGCUGCGGCUGCGAGUGUUACUAGCACCUCAGCUCCACAGAAGCAGCAGGAAACCCGAUCGCGCCGCCGCAGGAGGUGCAUAAUUUGCUGAUUCCACUCGCCGCUCAAAACCACCUGCCACCUUGCUACCGACUAUAGUAACGAGAGAGCUGCUUACUGCUUACCAAGAGCACACUCUAUGCUUGUUCUACUCGAAGCACAAUAUUGUGCAUCAUUGCCCGUUUUUU